AUGGUUGUACGAGAGGUCGACCAGCGAGAGCCUCAGCUUGUCGAAAUCCGUCGGGAUAGAGCCCGUGAGCUCGUUUCUCGACAGGUUCAGCAUGUUCAACGAGGUCAUUCUCGAGAAACCGCUCGAUAUUUUUCCGGUCAGAACAUUCAAGGCGAGGUUCAAGUCGACCAGCUGGCUAAGCUCAGCACCCUGGGGUCGGAAUCGUAUAUUCCUCGACGUGUUAGAACAGUUGGGGAAAUUGAUACCAAGUACCAAAGACAGAAACUCAGGUUGGACCUCCCACUUAAAGUCGAGUUUAAUCUCACAUAA